UUACCAACACGCACGGUUCACAGGCACAGUGUAGUGUUUCCCCAUCGUAGCAGCCGGCGAUGGCCCUUCGCAGAAUGACUCCUAGAAGGAUUUCUCUGUUAUUCUCCUUGCGUUCAGCCAAAACUUCAGCGGAACACAUCGGAUGCGCAUCGGUAGCUUUCUUCUCGACUGACAUUGUUGGUGACACGCCCAUUCUUGUUCGAGAUUUCAUUCGUUCUGCAUUGUAUGACCCGAAGCAUGGGUAUUUUUCUCAAAGAUCGGGUUCAGUUGGAGUGCUCGAGAAGAGCAUCAAGUUCAAUCAGCUUGAAGGUAGGAAGGCUUACAUGCGGCACUUGGAUAAUAUUUACAAGCAGAAUGACAUAUCAUGGUUUACUCCUGUGGAGCUUUUUAAGCCUUGGUAUGCACAUGGGAUUGCUGAAGCCAUAAUGCGCACUGCUAACCUUUCCAUUCCUCUUAAAAUAUAUGAAAUUGGGGGUGGAUCUGGAACUUGUGCCAAGUGCAUUAUGGAUUACAUAAUAUUGAACGCGCCUGCGAGAGUUUACAAUAAUAUGAGUUACAUCUCAGUAGAAAUUAGUUCUUCACUGGCCAAGAAACAGAUGGAAACUGUUGGUGAAGUACGCAGUCACUUAUCAAGGUAUAGAGUUGAAUGUCGUGAUGCUACCGACCGAACUGGAUGGGGAGAUGUGAAUCCACAGCCAUGUUGGGUCAUAAUGCUCGAGGUGCUUGAUAAUCUUCCACAUGACGUUGUAUAUUCCAAAGAUCAAGUAUCUCCGUGGAUGGAAGUCUGGCUUGAGAAGCAACGAGAUAGUCUACAGAUCUCAGAAAUAUAUAAGCCACUAGAAGAUCCACUAAUUAAGCGUUGUGUUGAGAUCAUUGGCUUGGACAAGGACCAGGCUUCAGCCACAAGAAGCAUUUGGUCAAAAGUUUUCCCAAAACCACGAAGAUCUUGGUUACCAACUGGAUGCUUGCGACUGCUGGAGGUCCUACAUGGGGCCUUACCAAAGAUGUCUAUAAUUGCCUCUGACUUCAGUUACCUACCUGAUGUGAAAAUAGCUGGUGAAAGAGCUCCAUUGGUUUCAACAAAGAAAGAUGGCAGCAGUUUAGAUCAUAGCAGCUACCUGGAUGCAAAGGGUGAUGCUGACAUCUUCUUCCCAACAGACUUCUGGCUCUUGGAGCUAAUUGACCACUACUGUUCUGGAUGGAAGACUCUGCACAAGGAUGACCCGUCCAAGCAAGGGAGGAAGAGACGGACAAUCACACUUGAUACAGCUUCAUUCAUGGAAGAAUUUGGUCUGCCUUCGAAGACAAGGACUAAGGAUGGGUACAACCCACUACUUGAUGACUUCAAGAAUACUAAAGUCUACUUAAGUGUGCCGACACACAAUACCAAAUAGAGAUCAUGGCUUUUGACUCCCCCAAAGCAUAUUUUGUACUCCACAGCCAAUGCAUUAUAGAGAAGCAGGUAAAAAGGGAUAUACGGUCUACGGAGAUGCUCAAGCAAUUUGCUUACCCAGUGAAACAACAAUCCUGGUAUUGGUCUGACCUCAUUUAUUGCGGCAGAUAAAAUUUUUUAGUGUUUAUUUCAAAAAACAUUUAUAGCUAUAGAAUGACCUGCCAAUGUUUGUUGGAAGAUCAUAGGUUGUCCCCCCUAAUUUUGAGUGCAGAUUUAGGACGCUUGUACAUCAUGAAGCUUCAGCAGUGAUGAAUUUUGCGAAGUAAAAAAUUUCAGAACUUGGAUUCGCCGAAUUAGGUGUGCGAUGCAUGUCCGAGAAGAUAUAUGUAAUAUGAAUAGGCAUUUUGAACA